AUGGAAGCUGCUGCCUGUUGCCUGCCUCCCUGUGGGCUCCAGGUGCCCAUGGCCAGGGUUUGCCCGGCCCCAGCAAGGGAGCAAGGGGGAAGAUCCCCGCCACUCUGGAGACCGUGGCUGCCCCGAGCAGAGGAAGGAACCGGAUGGCGGAGGGAGCAGUCAGACACUGCUUGGACUCGGGAGGCAGCAGGGGAUGGCGGCCCAGACAAAGCACUGACGUUUUUCCACCACCCAGUCAGGCUCCUGUGGCCCAAGUCCAAGUCCUUUGACUAUCUGUACGGCGUGGGGGAGAAGCUGCUAGAGAACUUCCCGGUGCAGGCCACCCUCUGCCUCUACGACGACUCGGGCAGCGAGGACGAGGAAGAGGAGGAGGAAGAGGAAGAG